GCCGCGGCCUGGGCGCUUCCCCCCCUGCCGCCUGCCCGCUGCAGGGCUUCGCACCUCGGGCUGGCCUCCGACUGGGAAGCUCAGUGGCUGCCGAUUGUCUUAUACAGAGUUUGAAGGAUAUAUCUGCGUUUUGUCUCAACCCCAACUUGGAAACAAUGGAAAUGGAAGAAAAGAACAUUCUGUGCAAUAGUGUGGUGGCUCAUAAUUUUGAAGAAGUUUGCCCAGAGAAGGUAAUAAAGUUUAAACCUCCACUAUACAAGCAGCGAUACCAGUUUGUUAGAGAUUUAGUGGAUCGUCAUAGACCCAAGAAGGUUGCAGACCUGGGAUGUGGUGAUACUGAGCUCCUAAGGCUGCUAAAAAUCUACCCAUGCAUUCAACUGCUUGUUGGGGUAGAUAUCGAUGUGGAAAAAUUACAGUCUAAUGGACAUCAUUUAUCUCCUUAUUUGGGAGAAUUUGUAAAACCCCGGGAUCUGGAUUUGACUGUUACCUUAUAUCAUGGAUCUGUUGUAGAGAGAGACUCUCGUUUGCUUGGAUUUGACUUGAUAACAUGCAUCGAAUUAAUAGAACAUUUGGAUUCAGAUGACCUGGCCAGAUUUCCUGAAGUGGUAUUUGGAUACCUGUCACCAGCCAUGAUUGUCAUCAGCACACCAAACUCUGAAUUCAACCCCCUGUUUCCUACAGUGACCCUGAGAGAUGCGGAUCAUAAAUUUGAGUGGAGUAGAGUGGAGUUUCAGACCUGGGCUUUACAAGUGGCAAAUUGCUAUAACUACUCUGUGGAGUUCACUGGGGUAGGGGAGCCUCCAGUGGGAGCUGAGCAUGUUGGGUACUGUACCCAGAUAGGCGUCUUCCGGAAAACCAGUGGGAAGGCUCUAGAAUCCUGUGCUUCAGAGCAGCACGACCAGCAUGUUUAUAAAGCUGUUUAUACGACCACCUACCCAAGUUUACAGCAGGAAAAGAUGCUGAAAUUUGUGUUGGUCGGGGAAGUGUUGAUCCAGGUGGACCACCUGCGAUUGUGCCACGGGCGAAUGCUGAGAGAACGGGAGAAGGAAGUGGGCCCCAAGCUACCCACCACAGACACCUCCUGGAACCCCCACUUACUGCUGGGCUCAGUCUUCACAGAGGCCGAGAAAACCAGGAUAGAGGGGUCACCCAAACCCUUCUGUGAAGGAGACAAGUUUUUCGUACCGCUGCAGAGACUCCUGGCUUAUCCCAAAUUACACCGUUUUCAUGUCGGCGAGGAGAGACUGAGGGCCCUUAUUGCCGAUUCGGUGUGUUUGAGUAGUGAUGGCUCUGCGGUCGUGGUGGACCUGCACAAUUCCUGGGAUUAUCGGCCUGAAGAGAACUGAGCCAGCCAUUCAAGAAACAUUGACAAAUGUUACAGGUCAGGUCCUACGCUGGUGGACAGAUAGAUGCCCGACAGCCAGUUAGACUCUGCCUGAGAAGGCUGUGAGGGUUUCACUGAAAGUAACGGUGCUUCCCCUUUGAGGAAUUUUUCUUUGCUCUUUUUCUCAAGAAUGAAGAAAUUGGAUAUGGCAGCAUGUUAAUUUUGAAUUUACCUAUAUUUUGAUGUUACGGCCGUGUAUUGAAUGUGACAUUAAAAAACCUUAAAAGUGAUCAAAUACACUGUUGUAAACCUUUU